CACCGCCAGUGAGAAACCAACCGUGGCGCGGUGAGAACGCGUCUUUAAAUUGUCGGUGUGCGCUCUCUGUAUUCGAGAACAAAAUAUUUCAUCCAAGUUCUUGAAGUAUGAAGAUUUUCACAAAUUUCCUAUAGUACAUUGAGUUAAAACAUGAUAUACUAGAUGUUUUAUUGAUUUUACUGUAAUUUAUAUUUUUAAUUGGCUAUAUUUAUUAUUAAAAACUAUUUAAAAUGAUGAUGGCAAGUGCGAAAUUGGUGAGGGACUGUAGUUCGGAUUUAAGUUCCGACGUGCGGUCUUUGUCGGUUGCUUCCUCAACCGAAGAACAAGAGUCUACAGCCACAGAAUCAGAAUAUUCUGAAGAAGAAAAGGAAUAUGAAUUAGAAGAUCUACAGAUUCUUAAAACAAUAGGUACCGGAACUUUUGGUCGCGUGUGCUUAUGUCGUGAUAAAGCGGCCGACGAGUAUUUAGCGAUGAAGAUUCUGUCAAUGGCCGACGUUAUUCGUCUGAAGCAAGUCGAUCACGUUAUGAACGAAAAGAGCAUCUUAGCGGAAAUAAAUCAUCCCUUCAUUGUCAAUUUACGAUGGUGGACCCAUGAUGACUCCUGCAUUUACAUGCUCUUUGACUACGUAUGUGGUGGCGAGUUGUUUUCUUAUUUAAGAAAUGCAGGCCGCUUUAGUAAUAGUAUUGGUAAUUUCUAUGCUGCAGAAAUAGUAUCAGCAUUGGAAUACCUCCAUGCAAGGAAUAUAGUGUACCGGGAUUUAAAGCCCGAGAAUCUUUUACUAGCUAAGGAUGGCCACUUGAAGAUAACAGACUUUGGGUUCGCAAAGAAGUUGACAGAUAGAACUUGGACUCUUUGCGGUACACCAGAGUAUCUUGCACCGGAGAUCAUUCAGAGCAAAGGACAUAACAAAGCAGUGGAUUGGUGGGCCUUAGGAGUGCUCAUUUAUGAGAUGUUAGUGGGCUACCCUCCAUUUUACGACGAUAAUCCGUUUGGGAUAUAUGAGAAAAUUCUCAACGGCAGAGUGGAUUGGCCUAGACACUUAGACCAGGUCGCCAAGGAUAUUAUCAAAAAACUGCUGAUCCAGGACAGGACGAAGAGACUUGGAAAUAUGAAGUGUGGAUCGGAGGACGUAAAACGCCAUCGGUGGUUCAAACAUAUCGACUGGGCUGACGUUUUUAUGAAGAAAUUGCAGCCGCCAAUCGUACCGUCUGUUUCAUACGAAGGGGACACUUCAAACUUCGACGAGUAUCCGGAGACUGACUGGAAAGCCGUGCGUUCUCUCGAUCCUGAAGAACUCAAGCUAUUCGCCAAUUUUUGAUGAGAAACUUAUAUAGUUAGGACUACGAUUACAUUGUAUUAUAGAAAGAAAGAAAGUUUUCAUGUAAUAACGAGCAUUGACAACAACUAAUUACUUUAACUGAUGAAACUGAGAAGUUAAACUUGUCAAAGUCAUUAAUAUAUUAAUUAAUACAUGUGUUCUUUUUUGUCGUAUUUGAUUUUUUUUUGGUUUAAACGUGUUUAGGCGAUUAAUUUUGUAGCAUAGUUGUUUCAAUAGUUUGAUAGAAUGUUAUAAAAAUAUACAAGAGUAUUAAAAUAGUUGUAUGUGCUAUAUGUGAAUCAUAUUGUAAAUAGUAGAUUAAAAACAAUUCAGAUAUACUACAUUAAUCAACUACUUCGUUUGUUUUAACAAGCAUAUUGCUAGUGCAUGAUAAAUAAUUAAUUUAUUAGUAAAUCUAUUCUUUACAAUAACAGUUUAUGUUGACAGUAAAGGAUAUUGCACAUUUUAGAAUAUCUUGAAUAUGGAUUAAGUUAUGCACGAAGAUUUAAGGAUGUGUAAUGUACUUGCAAAACUUUUUCAUACUAAAAAAUCUGACUGACACCCAGUCAUUGAACUUUAAAAUGUAUUAACAGGCUGUUUAAAUAAAUCAAAUAAUAAAAGUGUUUAAAUAAUAACAAAUAGAUGCUUAGGACUAGCUUAUGCAUAAAUUGUUUAGCAUUUUUAAUUGUGAACACAUUCUUGUUUUGUUGCUAAUUGUAUUUACUUUUUAAAGUAAAAGUAUUGGAGAUUGUUAAAUGAAUUAUGACAUGACCUUUAGAGGCAUUAAAUAAUUUUCAUUCCAGAUAAAUUUUUGUUGCAUCUAUUUACAAUGGAAAUUAUGUACAAUUUGUUUAUUUCCAGCUUUGUAGGAAUAUUAAUAUAUGAAAAGGCAUUCAUAAAAAAAUAAUAAAACUUGCCCAUCAUUAGGUGUUGUUAUAUCACUGUGAACUAGUAUUUAGUUUUAAAUAUGAUUUGAAAUAAUAUGAAUUCUAACUUAUCAGUGUAUCUCAUUUAGGUUCACUAGUUUCGCUAUAGGCUUGAAUUAAUUGUGUUUAAUAUUGUUAGAUCAUGAUAUUUUAUAUAAAGACAUUUGUUUUCGCUUCCAAAGAUUUUUUUUUCUGUUUUUAAUUUUUAGAUGAGGUGAUUUUAUUUUUAAUUUUAAUAUUUAGACGUAUAUAAAAAUCAAUAGAUGUAAAUGAGAGUCGAGGAAAGUGAAAUUAAUAAAUGAACAUUAAUAGCACUUACGAUUUUUGCCAAGAAAACUUUCACGUUAAUUUAAUAACAUUGUAAUAUAAAUGUGUGACUUAUUGUAAUAAGUGAAAGUAUAUUUUUCAUUUUAAAGUAUCAAUAACUGCAUCAUUUGAAUAGAAAUUGUAUGUUUGAGCCUACUUCAUGAUCUCCCCAUCAAAGACCCGUUAGUGGCUGAUAAUAGUAUCCCAUCUAGUGCAAUAUUGUAUAUUGCCACUAAAUGACAAUUAAUUUUAUAUUAUUACAGGGUUUGAAAAUUGUAAAUAGGUUUCCUAAAAUAAAUAAAAUAAUUUACAAAAUAA